AUGCGGGCCCAUAAUGAGGAUCUUACAGACAGAGAGACCUGCAAAGCCGGGUUCUCUGAGGAAGAUUACACGGCGUUAAUCUCCCCCAAUAUUCUGCAGGGAGAGAAGCUCCUCCAAGUUAAGUUCAGCAGCUGUUUGGGGACCAAGGGGACGCAGUACGAGACCAACAGUUUGGACUUCAAAGUCGGGGCAGACGGAACAGUCUUCGCCACUCGAGAGCUGCAGAUCCCUUCUGAGCAGGUGGCCUUCACGGUGACAGCCAAGGACCACCAGACGGCCAAGCAGUGGGACACCAUGGUGCGGCUGCUGGUGGCCCAGACCUGGUCCUCACGCUCUGAGCACAAGAAAGGAAAGAAGAACGUGGCCCUAGACCCUUCCCAAUACCCCAAGGACACGCUGCUGCCGUGGCCUCCACACCAGAGCUCCAGUGGGCUGAGGCGGCAGAAGCGGGACUGGGUCAUCCCUCCCAUCAACGUGCCGGAGAACUCCCGCGGGCCCUUCCCACAGCAGCUGGUGAGGAUCCGGUCUGACAAAGACAACGACAUCCCCAUCCGGUACAGCAUCACAGGCGUGGGCGCUGACCAGCCACCCAUGGAGGUCUUCAGCAUUGACUCCAUGUCCGGGCGCAUGUACGUCACGCGGCCCAUGGACCGGGAAGAGCGAGCCUCUUACCACCUCCGAGCCCAUGCUGUGGACAUGAAUGGCAACAAGGUGGAGAACCCCAUUGACCUGUACAUCUAUGUCAUUGACAUGAACGACAACCGCCCUGAGUUCAUCAACCAGGUCUACAAUGGCUCUGUGGAUGAGGGCUCCAAGCCAGGAACCUAUGUGAUGACAGUCACAGCCAAUGACGCUGAUGACAGCACCACGGCCAACGGAAUGGUACGGUACCGCAUUGUGACCCAGACCCCACAGAGCCCGUCGCAGAACAUGUUUACCAUAAACAGUGAGACCGGGGACCUUGUGACAGUGGCGGCCGGCCUGGACCGCGAGAAAGUCCAGCAGUACACGGUUAUCGUCCAGGCCACCGACAUGGAAGGGAACCUUAACUACGGCCUCUCCAACACAGCCACAGCCAUCAUCACGGUGACAGACGUGAAUGACAACCCACCAGAAUUCACCGCGAGCACGUUUGCGGGAGAGGUCCCCGAGAACCGGGUGGAGACGGUGGUCGCCAACCUCACCAUCAUGGACCGAGAUCAGCCCCACUCGCCCAACUGGAAUGCCGUCUACCGGGUCAUCAGCGGGGACCCCUCAGGGCACUUCAGUGUCCGCACCAACCCUGCCACCAACGAGGGCAUGGUCACCGUGGUGAAGGCGGUGGACUAUGAGCUCAACAGGGCCUUCAUGCUGACUGUGAUGGUGUCCAACCAGGCACCGCUGGCCAGCGGGAUCCAGAUGUCCUUCCAGUCCACAGCAGGUGUGACCAUCUCCGUCACAGACAUCAAUGAGGCGCCCUACUUCCCCUCCAACCGCAAGCUGAUCCGCCUGGAGGAGGGUGCGCCCCCCGGCACGGCACUCACCACCUUCUCGGCCGUGGACCCUGACCGCUUCAUGCAGCAGGCUGUGAGGUACUCAAAGCUGUCUGACCCAGCGAACUGGCUACACAUCAACGCCUCCAAUGGUCAGAUCACCACAACAGCUGUCCUGGACCGGGAGUCCCUGUACAUCAAAAACAAUGUCUACGAGGCAACCUUCCUAGCAGCUGACAAUGGGAUCCCUCCAGCCAGCGGCACGGGGACCCUGCAGAUCUACCUUAUCGACAUCAACGACAAUGCCCCCGAGCUGCUGCCCAAGGAGGCACAGGUCUGCGAGAAGCCGGGCCUCAACGCUGUCAACAUCACCGCAGCAGACGCUGACGUAGACCCCAACAUUGGCCCCUACGUCUUCGAGUUGCCCUUCGUCCCUGCUGCCGUGAGAAAAAACUGGACAAUCACCCGCCUGAACGGUGACUAUGCCCAGCUGAGCCUGCGCGUCCUGUACCUGGAGGCCGGCAUGUACGAGGUCCCCAUCACCGUCACAGACUCGGGGAACCCACCCCUGUCCAACACGUCCGUCAUCAAGGUCAAGGUGUGCUCGUGCGACGAGAAUGGCGACUGCACCACCGUGGGCGCCGUGGCCGCGGCCGGGCUGGGCACAGGCGCCAUCGUGGCCAUCCUCAUCUGCAUCGUCAUCCUGCUGACCAUGGUCCUGCUGUUCAUCAUGUGGAUGAAGCGGCGGGAGAAGGAGCGACACACGAAGCAGCUGCUCAUCGACCCCGAGGACGACGUGCGCGACAACAUCCUCAAGUAUGACGAGGAGGGCGGGGGCGAGGAGGACCAGGACUACGACCUCAGCCAGCUGCAGCAGCCUGAAGCCAUGGAGCACGUGCUGAGCAAGGCCCCUGGGGUGCGGCGAGUGGAUGAGCGGCCAGUGGGCGCGGAGCCCCAGUACCCUGUCAGGCCUGUGGUACCCCACCCCGGUGACAUCGGUGACUUCAUUAACGAGGGGCUGCGAGCUGCUGACAAUGACCCCACGGCGCCCCCCUACGACUCUCUGCUGGUCUUCGACUAUGAGGGCAGCGGCUCCACCGCGGGCUCCGUCAGCUCCCUGAACUCAUCCAGCUCCGGGGACCAAGACUAUGACUACCUGAACGACUGGGGACCGCGCUUCCGGAAGCUGGCGGACAUGUACGGGGGCGGCGAGGAGGACUAGCCCGGAGAGAGGGCGGUGCGGACGGAAGGGGCGGCUGUG